CCCCGCUGACUGUGUUAAAACUUCGGCGGGGCCAUUUUGGGGACAGGAAGACCGAGCGCGGCCGAGCACCCGACACCUACGCCCGGCACCAUGAGCGAGGCGCCGGAGACCAGCGCCGCCAGCUCCGCGCCCGCCGCGCCGCCCGUCCCGACCGCGGCUGCCGCGCCGCCCGCGCCCGCCGUCCCGGACGCCGCUCCCAAGAGCCCCGCCAGCGCCGCCGCGCCGGGUGGUGCUGUUGCUGAGGCAGCCCCCGGUGCCGCCGCCGCAGCCACAACCGCGGCGGCCGAGUCGGCGAAGAAAGUGCUGGCUACCAAAGUUCUUGGCACAGUCAAGUGGUUCAAUGUCAGAAAUGGAUAUGGCUUUAUCAACAGAAACGAUACUAAAGAAGAUGUGUUUGUUCAUCAGACGGCGAUAAAGAAAAACAAUCCACGGAAGUACCUGCGCAGUGUUGGUGAUGGAGAGACUGUAGAAUUUGAUGUGGUUGAAGGAGAGAAGGGUGCAGAAGCAGCUAAUGUCACUGGUCCAGAUGGAGUCCCCGUGGAAGGCAGCCGCUAUGCUGCAGACCGGCGCCGCUAUCGACGGGGCUACUUUGGCCGACGCCGGGGCCCGCCUCGGAGUCAGGGUGGUGAGGGAGAAAUCAAGGAUGGGGUCACAGAAGGAGGACAACUUCAGCAAGUGCACAGGAAUCCUACCUACCGUCCCCGUUAUCGCAGAGGGCCCCCUCGCCCACGCCCUGCCCCGGUGACUGGAGAGGCUGAAAACAAGGAGAACCAUCACGAGGCCAAUGCCAUGAGCCAGCAGCCGCUGCGCCGCGGCUACCGGCGCCCCUACAACUACCGGCGCCGGCCGCGCCCAGCCAGCGCUCCGGCACAGGAGGGCAAAGAGACAAAGACAACUGAAACAUCUGCUGAAAAUCCUGCUCCAGUGACAGAGCAGAGUGGCGCUGAGUAAUGUCCGGCUCCCCAGGCACCUUUACCAUCGCUCAGGUGUCCUAAAGUACAACUCAAAAGUAACACCAAAGAAAUACACAAGCAAUAAAUUGUCAACAGUGAUGAUGAAAGUAAAGAUUUGAAAUACCAAAAUGUAAAAGAAAAUUUACCAGCAGCUGAGAUCGAGGGAAUGCCUACAAGAUAAAUGCAUGAAGAGAGAAAGAACGAGAUUCAGAAAGAGCAACCUCCCUAGUUUUAACAGCAACUGUGGAGCUAUUUGGUUUUUGGGGUUUUUUUCCCUAGAAUUUCACUGUUUUGCUAGUAUUGAUUUUUUUCAAUUUUUCUUUUGGUAUCAAACUGAAAAGGGAAAAAAAAAAACAACCAAAGAACUAAAAUUGAAAUAAAAUGCUUUUUUUAUUGGAUGCUGGUGCUAAACCUCCCAAGUGUGAGUUUUUUUUUUUCUGUGCCAGUCCUGUUCACAGCAGGACAUGGGGAGGACAAACUUCCGCUUUCCUUGUUAAGAUCUUUUUGAAACUGUGCAGCAUGGGUGAUGUUCCUCACAAAUAAAAGUGAUUUCAACUACCAAAAAAAAAAAA